AUGUCUGCACAGCCAGGGCAGCAGUCCGCUAUAACAGCAGUGAACGCCUUCCCGACACCGGCUAGCAGUGUGGGUGGUAUUGCGAAGGAUUCUCAGGAGCCAUCGGAGAAGGGAAUUCGCCUUUCAACCGAGAUAGAAGGCGCGCCGGGUUUCACGGAUGCUGACUCUGGCGUCUCACACACCCAACAUGAUCAACAGCGGCAGCAAGAGGAAACCGCAGGUUCGAAUGCCGAAGACGAAGCAAUGGAUAUAGAUCGCAAUGAGGGCAUCUCGGAACAUCCCAAGAUUGCAGCCCUCCAAAAUGAUCUUGGGCAGGCAUUUCACACUUGUAAAACCUCCUACUCAAUAUCUGGACCAAACCCUCACUUUGACCUCGUUUCUCUUUACGGAUUAGGUCCCGUGGCGGCCUCCGUUGCUCGGACGGAUCCUGUUACUGGCGAAAAGAUUAACAGAUUGAGGAAAUCAUACGAAGGGAAAAUCAAGGGCUUGGGACUUUCUGGAAGAAACAAGCCGGUUAAACAUGAUCCUGGAGCGCCUGGAGGGCUGCGGCAAUUGACAAUGUGGCCGGAAGAAGAAUGGCAGAACCAGAAGGUCAUCGGAAAGGACAUUAAAGUUGCGGAGCCGGAUUCAACUCUGCACAAGCUAUACAUGAGGGCGAUGAAAAUGGAGCCGGGGCCGGUGCCAAACAACGACUACUGGGAAGAUGUACUAGGGCAUGAAAAACCCGCUAAACAGUCUGCUACGGUGCCGCAAACCAAAAAGGCUGGUGAUGCAUCUGCCGCUGGCAUUAUUCGGCAGCCCGGUCAAGCAAAUGGUACACCGAUGUCCACCUCAAUCUCACCUGUCGAAUCGGGUAGACCGAAACGUACGGGCAAGAAGAGAAGCUAUAAUGAUAGCAGCUUUGUUGGCUAUGGAGAGGGCUUCCCUGAUGAUGACAUGGAGCUGGAUGGCAGUUUCUAUUCAAAUAGUGAAGAAAGCGGCAGGGGUUCAGCCAAGAAGAAGCGAAAAAAGGUGACGACCCUCGCCUUUUCACCCUGGGUUCUCUUGGCCCGCUUACAUCUUUUUGACUUGAAACUAAUGCAGAUGCUCUCAUAG